CCCUGACCUUGAAGUCGCAGCCAAUAACCGAGCAUAGGCAUUCCCAAACCUGUAACAUUACCGAGGACCGCAGCGUUUAAUUCUCUUCAAGAUUCAAAUCUCGCUUUUGCACGACCUUUAAAAUGUCCUCAGCUCUUGACCUCAACGAAAAAGCACUGGAAGCAGAUAUCGAAAAAGACCUAGAAUCCGAUCCUAGGAACACAGCUCUUUCAAAUCAUGAGAAAACGUUCGAGGCAGGCGUACUAGGUCCAGAGACCCCACCGGUACAAGAAGAAGAAAACAACGACACCCAGCCUGACCCUAAUGCCCUCCCACGGCCACCUGACGGAGGCUUACAUGCGUGGAUGAAGGUAUUCGGAGGCUUCCUCGUAUAUAUCAACAUUUGGGGAUUUACAAUCAGUUAUGGCGCCUUCCAAACGUACUAUCAACACAAGCUAUUAUCCGACUCUACCGCUUCUGCUAUCAGCUGGAUAGGCACUGUGCAAGCCUGGCUUCUUAUCAUGGUUGGCGUGCUCUCCGGCCCAUUGUUCGACUUGGGAUAUUUCAGGUCUAUGCUCUACGCUGGCAAUUUUCUAAUUGUUCUUGGCAUCAUGAUGCUCAGCUUAGCCACCAAAUAUUGGCAAGUCUUUCUCGCCCAAGGGAUCUGCAUGGGACUAGGCGCAGGGUUGUUGUAUAUACCCAGUCUCGCACUCGUCGGGAUAUGGUUCGAAAAGAGGAGGGCGCUAGCGUUGGGAAUCGUGAUGUCAGGGACUGCUGUUGGCGGCGUCUGCUAUAUCAUCGCUUUUGACCGGCUCGUACCCACUAUUGGCUUCCCAUGGACAAUGCGCGUUCUCGGCUUUAUCGCUCUUGCGCUCGCCAUCAUGGCCAUUCCCUGUCUUCUCAGCGGCUCUUCCAUGCUCGCCCGGCCCCGGAAAGCACGCAGUCUUUUUGAUAAAACUGCGUUUGCUGACUCCCUAUUCAUCCUCUUCACUUGCUCUACCUUUACUACAUUCCUUGGCUACAUAGUCCCCUAUUUUUACAUCGCUGCAUAUGCGCAGGACACGCUGCAGACAUCGGAAUCAACGGCUUUGUACAUCCUCGUGGCAUGUCUCGCUGGGUCGUUUUUCGGGCGAUUGCUAUGGGGCUAUGUAGCUCAAAAGAGCGGAAACAUGGUGGCUUGGCUGGGAUGUGCAAUUGUGAGCGGGAUCGUGGGGUUCAGUUGGAUAGGUAUUGAUCAUGAGAGUAACUUCAUUGCCUUUAGUGUCAUGUGGGGCUUCUUCUCCGCCAGCCUCGUCACCCUUCCAGGUUCCGCUUUCCCCAACAUUUGCCCUGAUCUCUCCCGACUGGGUACUCGGCUCGGCAUGUCGUGGGGUAUCUCGUCUAUUGCGUCCCUCAUUGGGGCACCUAUUGCUGGAGCGCUGCUCAAGACGCAUACGGCUGCGGAUGGGACAACGAAGACGAAUUUCCUGGGCGUGCAGAUCUGGACUGGGGCGUGCUUGCUUGCGGGGUCGGUGUGCCUGGCCGUGCUGUGGCUCGCCACUGUAAGGAAGCAAAAGACGGGGUGGUUUAUUUGAGAGGAUGGUAUGAGACAAGUUCAAAAAAAGAGUGAAAUAUUCGGAACAUGCCUGCCCGAUUUAAGAUAGAACACGCUCUAUCUGUGUCGACGUCAUUUCAACCCUCGAAGAAGUAAAAAGCGAGACGGACUGGUUGGAUAUUAUAAAUUCAAUUAGAGGAAGAAAAAGAAAUGAUGCAUAUGUUCGACAAAGAAGAGCUGGAAGAUCAAGGAGAUAUGCGCAGGGGUAGGAAUUGAGGAAAUAGGAAAGAGAAGGAGACUCUUUUGCUUGAAGCAUAGCGGGACCCGACGCGUAAUCUGCAUCUAUGAAAAUUCUUUCAUACGGUUGAAGCUGUAGCUUGUUGUAACAAUUCACUCUACAUCGUGACUGGAAUCUCCCUGUGGAUAUCCUACUACAUUCUUUCUCUACGUCGGUUAUAAGGUUGGCACAUACGGGUACUAUUGAUGGCUAGAUAUAGUGCACGAUUAAUCGAUACUAAAUGGACGCUACUUCUAUGAG